AGACAAUGGUUGACUGGACGAUUUUGCUUUGCAAGACCUCUACGAUGGCAUUUUACAUGUUUUAGAGUAUUUAUGAUAAGUUUCGGUGAUGUUUUCCUGAUGAAACCAUAUCAUGACGUUAAAUUUCUUGGACUGAUUGCUUUGUCACUAUAAUGGACAAUGGCAUAUAACUUGAAACAUGAAGAAAGACAGGAUUACAACUUCAUGUCCAACUCAAAAGAAACAAAAUACCAAUUAGUUAAAUCAGAGAUAUUGAUAGAUUGUAUACUAAUUGGACUUACUGAAAAAUUAUAAUGGCCACUUGUUCUAACAGUGAAAUAAACAAGGAAGCGCCUGACGAAUCAACCCUUCAGUCUACUAAUUUGGUACCUUCCAUUAAGAACAAGUUACAGAAAUUAGUUGUCAGCAGAAUGAAAUUUCUCAAUCCACUGAAUGAUUUUCACCUUAAAAAUGUUCCCAGAAUUCAACCUAGUUCAGCUUCUGCUUCAGGUGAAAAGUACAGUUCUGACGAGACUACAAUUUUGGAUAACCAAACUUCACUCAUGAAUCAAAGUCAAUUGCAAGCAAGUGAGCAUUGUGCUUCCCUAAAUGAUUUAGAGAAAGGCUUGAAAAACAUUCCAAGUUCACCUGCAACAAUAAGUGAUCCUAUAGAGAACACAAACAGCCCAGGGCUUCAUUCUACCCAGCUUACAGCUAAUACACCAAGUAGAAGAUUUAAAAGCCUUUUAACCAAUAAAAUCACUCAGACUUGUGUGAACAUGAACGGCACAAAAAUCCAACAGGCCCCUUUUAACAUCAACUGCCUUGGAGUGCGUCAGUCAUCCCAGCCAGUUGUGAACAUAAGCAGUCCUCAGACACAUAAUUCAACCAAGCCUAGUGUGAGCACAGAGAGUCUUAGAGCUCACCAGCAGACAUCCCAGGUUAGUGUGAAUACAGAUAGCAUUGAGACACAACAUGCCUCUCUGCCUACUUUUAACACCAACAACCUUGGAAUUAAUCAGUCACUUCAGCCUAGUGUGAACAUGAACAACCUUUCACAGCUUAAAUUUCCUUUUGUGAUUUAUCCUGUGAAAAAUUUAUGUCUGGUACAGGUUCCUAAAAAUAUGGUGCAUUCAUCAACAACCAAUGCAAAGAAUGCUGAAAAUUCUAGGAGAGAAGCUCAAACCAAAGCUACCACACUGUCCAAUCCAGUUCUUGUCAACAUUAAUGACAAGGUACCAAGUAAAAUGCCUGUUCACCAAAACAAAGUGGUUACUAUCUCUAAACCAAGUGCUAUGAACAAAACAACCGUUAACAAUUCCCAAGUUCUGAACAAUGGUGUAACUGUUUUAAGUGCAGUUAGUCUAAAUCAGCUAAAAAAUAUUCAGAAUAGUUUACUUCCUAAGCAAGCUUUAAAUGCCACUGGAGCCUCAGUGGUACCCAACAGUCAGGAUAUCAUUACAAAUUGUGUCAAGAAAAACAUAACAACAGCCAGCAGUACACCCUCACAAUGCACAGAGACUCAGAACAAAACAUUGUCUGGGAACACUUCAAAAACAAAUUUACCAGCAGAUGUAGAGGUUACAGAGCAGAGAUUUUCGGUCAUCCUUCAACCUGUUCAGAAAGGGGAUCCACCACCUGUCCCAAACUUGGAUCCACCAACAGUCCCAAACUUGGAUCCACCAACAGAAAUAAAAACUGAAGUAAAAGUGGAAGAAAAUCCCAUGAUUAUCGAUGAGGUUCAGUCUUCUGGACCAAGAGGAGAACCACAGGUUGAAUGUAGUCAUGUUACGGUACGUGUUUUAUAUCUUUGUACAUUAUAUAAAUGGUGCCUGUUUUGGAGGGUAACAGUUGAAAUUGGCACCCCAAGAAAAACCAUUGUCAACCGAUGCUUUUAAAAAAGAGUUAACUCCUCCAAGUUAUGUUUUAUCAUAUAACAAAGGUUAAAAUAACUUUCAUCAUGUUUAUUCCUUUAUGUGCAUGUACUUGUAA